AUGGCGUCUGGGCGUCGCGCCGAGAAAGGCACUGUCGCGGCUCUGGCCACCGCCGAGAAGAUCGGAGAUCCGAACUUCCAGGUGACGGAAAACCCAGGCUUUCUUCAGAGGCGACUUCAAGUCUUUGACGCGCUCUACGAGAAGCAGAAUCAGCGGCUGAAGGAAAAACCCCGACAGGAAAUUUCCAUCGAGUUGCCCGACGGAUCAAAAAAAAGCGGAACUGCGUACGAAACCAGUCCGUACGACAUCGCCCUCGAAAUCUCAAAGAGCCUCGCCGACGCCUCGCUCGUCGCCAAGGUGUUGUACGAGCCAGGGGUUGGAACGGAGGCGAUCACUGCAGCCGACGACGAAGAGGAAGAGUGUGCAUGCGGCGAACACGAGGAAUCCCAGGACGACAAGUGGAUUCUCUUCGACAUGCGCAGACCCCUGGAAGGCUCCUGCAAACUGCAGCUCCUGAAGUUCGACUCCGACGAGGCGAAACAUGUCUUCUGGCAUUCCAGCGCCCACAUCCUCGGUCAGGCGAUUGAAGCGACGUUUGGCGCUCAGCUGACGGUCGGGCCUGCGUUGACAAACGGCUUCUACUACGACGCGUACAUGGGCAACGCGACCGUCACCGAGGAGAGCUACGGGCGUUUGGAGGCGGCGGCGGCGAAUGUCAUCAAGGCGGACCAGCCGUUUUGUCGUUUGGUGUGCUCCAAGGCGGAGGCGCUCGAGUUGUUUGCGGACAAUCCGUUCAAGGUUCAGUUGAUUUCGAGCAAGAUCCCGGAGGGCGGCUCGACGACGGUGUACCGCUGCGGCGCGUUGGUGGAUUUGUGUCGCGGUCCGCACGUCCCGUCGACGGGGAAAGUGAAGGCCUUUCAAGUGACGAAGCACUCGGCGACGUACUGGCUCGGCCGGCAGAACCUGGACUCCCUGCAGCGCGUGUACGGCGUCUCGUUCCCAGACAAGAAGCUGUUGAAGGAGUAUCUGAAGCUCGUCGAAGAGGCGAAGAAGCGGGAUCACCGGAUGCUGGGCCAGAACCUGCACUUGUUCUUCUUCGACACGAACGUGUCCCCCGGCAGCUGUUUCUGGCUGCCGGACGGCGCCAAGGUGUACAACAAGCUCUGUGCGUUCAUGCGCGAGGAAUACCGUUUCCGCGGCUUCCAGGAAGUGAUUUCGCCCAACAUCUUCAGCUGCGACCUGUGGAAGAUGUCGGGACACUACCAGAACUACAAGGAGAACAUGUAUCUCUUCGACGUCGAAGGCAAGGAGUGGGGGCUGAAGCCGAUGAACUGUCCGGGUCACUGCAUCAUGUUCAAGCACUUGGCGCCGUCGUAUCGCCAACUUCCGCUGCGCCUCGCGGAUUUCGGCGUCUUGCAUCGGAACGAGUUGUCUGGGAGCCUGACAGGACUCACGCGGGUGCGCCGCUUCCAGCAAGACGACGCGCACAUCUUUUGCCGCAUGGACCAGGUGAAGCAGGAAGUCGCGGACGCACUGAACUUCCUCUUCUUCGUCUACGACCAGUUCGGCUUCUCCUUUGAGCUCUUCCUCUCGACCCGGCCCAAGAAGGCCCUCGGCGACCGCUCGCUCUGGGACGCCGCGGAAGGCGCGCUGAAAGAGGCGCUCGAGGAGACCGGUCGCCCCUGGCAACUGAACCCCGGCGACGGCGCGUUCUACGGGCCAAAGAUCGACAUCCGCCUCUGGGACGCGCUCAAACGGCCGCACCAGUGCGGCACGAUUCAACUCGACUUCCAACUACCCAUUCGCUUCAACUUGCAGUACCGCACGCAGGACGAGGCCGUCGCCGCGUCGCGCGAGAAGGCGAAAGACGAAAAGAGCGAGAAACGCACAGAGAACGGCGACGAGCCCGAGGCGACGAAGGAAGAAGAAUUCGGCGUCGAACAGCCGCUGCGCCCCGGGAUGGCCCGCCCCGUGAUCAUCCACCGCGCUAUCCUCGGAUCCAUCGAACGCAUGUGCGCCGUCGUCAUCGAGCACACCGGCGGCAAACUUCCCUUCUGGCUCUCGCCUCGACAGUGCAUCGUCCUCCCCAUCUCCGACAAGGUCAACGACUACGCAACCUCUGUGCGCGACGUCCUCCACAGCUGCGGCUACGAGGUGGGGCUCGACGUCUCCAAUAACACGGUGAACAAGAAGAUCCGCGAAGCCCAGCUGCAGCAGUGGAAUUACCUUCUCGUCGUAGGAGAAAAGGAACGAGCGGACAAGACAGUGACGGUUCGAGACCGGGCCGACCCGGAACACCAACACGUGCUCUCCAUGGAAGACCUCUUGCAGCUCUUUGAGAAGCAGGGAAUGCCCAACUCCAAAAAGACACUCACCCUUGACGCGUGGAAAACGAGUCAGCAGUAG